AUGUCGUCUCCCCAGCAGCGGUUAUCUUCGGUCGCCAACCAAUUGGCCCUGCCUUCACCCAAGCAGCGUAUCCUCGCGAAGAACGCCGACGAUGUGGUCAUCACCUACCUCGCACGUACACCCCUCACCAAGGCCCGCAAAGGUGGAUUGAAGGAUACCGGCAUCGACAACCUCCUAGUCUCGCUGCUCACCACCGUGCGCGAGAACUCCAAGAUUGACCCCAACCUCGUCGAAGAUGUCAGCGUUGGUAACUGCCUCGCUCCGGGUGCCGCCUACGUCGCCCGCUCCGCCGUGCUCGCAGCCGGAUUCCCCGUCACAACCGCCGCCUCGGUCUGCAACCGAUUCUGUUCUUCAGGUCUCCUGUCCAUCCAGAACAUUGCCAACCAGAUCAUCGCGGGCUCGAUCGAGGUCGGUAUCGCCGUCGGAGCUGAGAGCAUGAGCACCAACGCUGAUGGCGGUGCCCCCGAAAUGACGGACCGCAUUACCUCGCAUCCUAUCGCUUCACAGAACUCACAGCCUAUGGGCCAGACAUCCGAGAACGUGGCGUCGCAGUUCGGUAUCUCACGCGAGCAGCACGAUAAGUUCGCUGCGGCCAGCUACCAGAAGGCUGAGCGUGCGCAGAAGGCUGGAUGGUUCGAGGAUGAGAUCGUUCCUGUUAAGACUCAGAUCAAGGAUCCCAAGACUGGUGAGGUCAAGGAUAUUAUCGUGGACCGUGAUGAUGGUAUUCGGUAUGGUACUACCGCCGAGUCAUUGGGCAAGAUUCGCUCUGCAUUCCCUCAGUGGACGCCAAGUGCUACCACUGGUGGCAACGCUAGCCAAAUUACUGAUGGCGCUGCGGCUUUGGUCCUGAUGAAGCGCUCCCGUGCUUUGGAAUUGGGACAGCCUAUUGUUGCCAAGUUCGUUGGUGCCACUGUGACUGGAUUGGAGCCUAGAAUUAUGGGUAUUGGCCCAUCGCUCGCUAUUCCCAAGAUCUUGGGCAAAUUCAGCUUGUCCAAGGAUGAUGUUGAUAUCUUCGAGAUUAACGAGGCAUUUGCUUCUAUGGGUGUCUAUUGUGUUGGCAAGCUGGGACUCGAUGAGGCCAAGGUGAACCCGCGUGGUGGUGCUAUUGCAUUUGGCCACCCAUUGGGUGCUACUGGCGCACGCCAGGUUGUUACCGCACUGUCCGAGCUGCGCCGCCAAGAUAAGCGCGUAGCUGUAACCUCCAUGUGUGUCGGAACCGGCAUGGGUAUGGCCGGUAUCUUCGUUUCAGAGCAUUAA